GCGAGGUCCGCUUCCGGCGCGGCCCCUCGACCUCCACAAGCUGAGGCGGGGGGCGAGCCAGGGCCGCGGAGCGGCGGCCACGCUCCGGCCGCUUUCGCUGCUGCCCACGGCUCCGCGCUCUGCCCCACAACCGCCAUGGGCAAGAAGCACAAGAAGCACAAGACCGAGUGGCGCUCGUCGUAUGAGGAUUAUGCAGACAAGCCCUUGGAGAAGCCCCUGAAGUUGGUCCUCAAGGUUGGAGGGAGCGAAGUGACUGAACUCUCUGGAUCUGGCCAUGACUCCAGUUAUUACGAUGAUAGGUCAGACCAUGAGCGAGAGAGACAUAAAGAAAAGAAGAAGAAGAAAAAGAAAAAAUCAGAGAAGGAGAAAUAUAUGGACGAUGAAGAAAGAAGGAAGCGAAAGGAAGAGAAGAAGCGGAAACGGGAAAAGGAACACUGUGACACGGAGGGAGAGGCUGAUGACUUUGAUCCUGGGAAGAAGGUAGAGGUGGAGCCGCCCCCUGAUCGGCCAGUCCGAGCGUGCCGGACCCAACCAGCUGAAAACGAGAGCACACCUAUUCAGCAACUGCUAGAGCAUUUCCUCCGCCAGCUCCAGAGAAAAGAUCCUCAUGGAUUUUUUGCUUUUCCUGUCACGGAUGCAAUUGCUCCUGGAUACUCAAUGAUAAUAAAACAUCCGAUGGAUUUUGGCACAAUGAAAGACAAAAUUGUGGCCAAUGAAUACAAGUCAGUCACAGAAUUUAAGGCAGAUUUCAAACUGAUGUGUGAUAAUGCAAUGACAUACAACAGGCCAGACACUGUGUACUACAAGUUAGCUAAGAAGAUCCUUCACGCAGGCUUUAAGAUGAUGAGCAAAGAGCGGCUGUUAGCUUUGAAGCGCAGCAUGUCGUUUAUGCAGGACAUGGAUUUUUCUCAGCAGGCAGCUCUUCUGGGCAACGAAGACACAGCUGUUGAGGAACCUGUUCCAGAAGUUGUACCUGUACAAGUAGAAACUACCAAGAAAUCCAAAAGGCCGAGUAGAGAAGUCAUCAGCUGCAUGUUUGAGCCAGAAGGAAACGCUUGCAGUCUGACUGACAGCACAGCAGAAGAACAUGUACUGGCCUUGGUGGAGCAUGCUGCCGAUGAGGCUCGGGACAGGAUCAACCGACUCCUUCCAGGCAGCAAGAUGGGCUAUCUGAAGAAGAGCGGAGAUGGGAACCUGCUCUACAGUGUGGUCAACACAGCUGAGCCAGACGCCGACGAGGAGGAGACCCACCCAGUGGACCUGAGCUCACUCUCCAGCAAGUUGCUCCCCGGCUUCAGCUUCACCACACUGGGCUUCAAAGACGAGAGGAGGAGCAAAGUCACAUUAUUAUCAAGUGCCAGUACUGCGCUUUCAAUGCAUAAUAAUUCUGUAUUUGGAGACUUGAAAUCAGACGAAAUGGAGCUUCUGUAUUCUGCCUAUGGAGACGAGACGGGUGUGCAGUGUGCACUGAGCCUGCAAGAGUUUGUGAAGGAUGCUGGGAGCUACAGCAAGAGAAUAGUGGAUGACCUCCUGGACCAGAUCACAGGCGGAGACCACUCGAGGAUGCUCUUCCAGCUGAGGCAGAGGAGAAAUGUCCCAGUGAAGCCUCCAGAUGAAAUAAAGACUGGGGACCCCCUAGGAGAUGGCGGCUCCGUGCUGGAUUUCAUGUCAAUGAAGUCGUAUUCUGACGUCUCUCUGGACAUCUCCAUGCUCAGCUCUCUGGGGAAAGUGAAAAAGGAGCUGGACCAUGAUGACAGCCAUCUGAACUUGGAUGAGACGACAAAGCUUUUACAGGACCUGCAUGAGGCACAGGCAGAGCGUGGGGGCUCCCGGCCGUCCUCCAACCUCAGCUCCCUGUCUAACACCUCCGACAGGGAUCAGCACCAUCUGGGAAGCCCUUCUCGCCUCAGUGUCGGGGAGCAGCCAGAGGUGACCCAUGACCCAUAUGAAUUUCUUCAGUCUCCAGAACCUGCAGCCCCUACGAAGAGCUAGCCUUGUAGAUAGUCUUAGAUACUUUUUUUCUUAAUUUUUAUUUGCAUGUACAGAGUUUUUGUCAUGAGACAAAGACUUUCAUGUCCCCUUUGGCAUGCAGGAAGCAGCCUGGGGAGGUGGUGAAUUGUCUCUGAUAUCAUGUCGGCCGCAUGUGGGUCCAUUGUUUCUGUAGAUAGCCCUAUGAACCCAAAAUAGUGGAAAUCCUUUAUAAAGGGUGUGUGAUUAGAUCUUAUAAAGCUGGUGUGGUCUGUCUCUGGGCUUCGUGGUAUUAGCAAAGCCUUCUCUCUGGCUGGUAUUGGGUGCAUCUGUUUUGCCCCAUGACCUCCACAAGUGGCCCUUGGGAAGCAGAUGUGGUAGAGUCUGUCCACACUCUGUUGGGGAUCCCGUAUGUUCAUUCCCGCCCGUCCCCCACAUCCCCAUGUUUCCGAGGCAAGUCAUGGUGGGGGUCACACAGGAGCAUGUGGGGAGCUGGUCACACACCCGCCUGGCCCUGGUCGGGCAAGGAGUUGAGUGCAGCUUCCUUGUUCUCUUUGUAAUUCACGUGCCUAAGAAAGGAGUGCAUUCUGCUGGAAGACUUAGAGGUCAGCUGCCCUACCAGUUACCAUGAAGUAUUGUGUCCAUAUAAAAUGUUUUUUAUUCUGGAUAUGUUUACUGGAUGCCUGUUUAUAUUGGCAAAAUGUAAAUACAGAUCUUAAUAAAAAAAUACACAAAGAGUGUAA